UGAUUGGCUGGUGGUGUUACUGAAGCGGUUAUGGCGGAAGCUUGUGUGUAGUUAUGUUCUCUUUGUUAUUAAAUGUGAUUCAAACUUGAAUUAAUCCGUUAAAUGUGAUAAUUUGCGGGUCUAAAAUGGCGACGCUAGUUCUGGACAACGGAGCGUACACGGCGAAGAUCGGAUACAGUCUGGAGAAAGUCAGCAUCAUUCCAAACUGCCAGUUUCGCUCCAAGACGUCCAGAUUAAAAACCUUCACGGCCAACCAGCUGGAUGAGAUCAAAGAUCCUUCAGGUCUCUUCUACAUUCUGCCCUUCCAGAAGGGUUACCUGGUCAACUGGGAUGUCCAGAGGAAAGUGUGGGAUCACCUGUUUGGAAAAGAGAUGUUCAAGGUGGAGUUUGCAGACACCAGCAUCGUCAUCACAGAGCCCUACUUUAACUUCAGCUUGAUUCAGGAGUCGAUGAACGAGAUCCUGUUUGAGGAAUAUCAGUUCCAGUCGGCGCUCCGGAUCAACGCCGGGUCUCUCAGCGCUCAUCACUACUUCCACACCAAACCCACGGAGCUCUGCUGCCUGGUGGUCGACUCCGGAUUCUCCUUCACCCACAUCGCCCCCUACUGCCGGAGCAAGAAGAUGAAGGACGGAAUCCGCAGGAUCAAUGUGGGAGGGAAGCUGCUGACCAACCACCUGAAGGAGAUCAUCUCCUAUCGUCAGCUGCACGUUAUGGAUGAAACUCACGUGAUCAACCAGGUGAAAGAAGACGUCUGUUACGUGUCGCAGCAGUUUUACAAAGACAUGGAGAUCGCACAGAUGAAGGCUGAAGAGAACACUUUGAUGAGGGAUUACGUUCUGCCAGAUUUCAGCUCCAUCAAAAAAGGUUUCUGCAAGCCCAGAGAGGAGAUGGUGUUUAAUGGAAAGUAUAAGACUGGAGAGCAGAUUCUUCGUCUGGCCAACGAACGCUUCGCUGUUCCCGAGAUGCUCUUCCACCCGUCGGACAUCGGCAUCCAGGAGAUGGGGAUCCCUGAAGCCAUCGUUGACUCCAUCCAGUCCCUGCCAGAAGAAAUGCAGCCUCACUUCUACCAGAACAUCGUCCUGACCGGAGGAAACACGCUGUUUCCAGGCUUCAGAGAGCGACUGGAGGCGGAGCUUCGAUCGCUGGCCCCCGCCCACCUUCCUGUGUCGGUGAUCCUACCUGAGAAUCCGGUGUGCUAUUCGUGGGAAGGAGGGAAGCUUCUGGCUCACACCCCCGACUACGACGAGAUGGUGGUGACUCGAGAGGACUACGAGGAGAACGGACACUGUAUCUGUGAAGACAAGUUUGACAUCUGACUGAACUCUUCAUCUGGACAGAUCUGUGCAGCUUUUUUACCUUUUGUAUAUAUUUCAUUUUCAGUCGCACACCAUCAUUUUUCACACCAUUAAGACUGUAGUGGUAACUUCCUUAAAUAAUUUGGUUUAAAGGAACAAAAUAUGUCUUUAAAUUUAAAUUAUUGCGACUCUCUUGGGUGCUCUAUGACCACAGGACACCACCAUUAAAAAAAGCAUCUUUUAAAUGUAAGAAUAAAGACGAAAUGGUAUGGUUUUUUUUUAAUGUACAUGUUGUUUUUUUUAAUUGAAUUUUCCAAAUGUACGAUUGUAGGACUUCACCACAUGACAAGAUCUGAAAUACAAAAUAAAACUGUUGCUUUUUUGUCUUA